UCUCAAUGUUCAAGAUGUCGAGAUGACGAUGAGCUAUAUUUCUUUUAUUUUAACACUGUCACUAGUCGUAAAUACCGUUGUUUUAAUUCAUGGUGGUUUCUAUAAAGUGUCAGAAUGCGAUAGUCCUGACUGUCCUGCCUGUGAGCCGGGAUAUUGGGGACAAAAUUGCAAGUUUUGCCGACUGAGGCUUACCAGUGAUAAAGGAAUUAUCACUGAUGGUGACAAGAAUUAUGAACAAUCAUCAAAAUGUACAUGGCUUAUAGAAACAUCUAGGUCCAAUAGUAGCAUAGAGCUAGUUUUUGAUCAGUUUGCUACAGAAUGUGCUUGGGAUCAUUUGUAUGUUUAUGCUGGUAAUUCAAUACAUGCUCCAUUAUUGGGAACUUUAAGUGGUCUUCUAAGAGAUACAAAUAUCAAGGCCGUUGCAAAGGAUCCCAUCAGACACUUGACUAUCAAGUCAAACCAAGCAUUUUUGUAUUUCUUUAGCGAUGCUAAUUAUAUUUUAACUGGUUUUAACAUUAAAUACAGGGUUAAAAGUGAUUGUAGUAUAAAGUGUAACAAUCACGGCCAAUGUGGUGACCAAGGGAACUGUAUCUGUGAUGAAGGCUGGGCUGGCUCCAGCUGUAAUAUCUCAACUUGUCCUGUAAGCUGUGUUAGUGGGACAUGUGACACUGUGACAAGGCAAUGUCAAGGCUGCAAUAGCGGCUACACAGGACCUUCCUGUAAUGUCACACUUGGACAAGGAUUUUGGGCACACAUUCCAGCUAACAAUCAAGAAAAUAUCAUUGGGCGUGCGUCCCAUGGUGCUGGUUUGAUUGAUGAGUGGUUAUGGGUCUAUGGUGGUUAUUCACUUAAUACUGCACCAUUUGAUGAUCUUAUAAGAUACCAUUUACCAUCUAAUGCUUGGGAAGUAGUGGAACCACUAUCAGUUCCUGUUCCUUCAAGGAGAUAUGGACACUCCUUGAUUGUUUACAACGGAUCCCUUAUCAUAUAUGGGGGUACCAUCAAUGGCAAAGUGAUCAAUCAGCUAUGGUCUUUUGAUACCAUUUCCAGGCAGUGGACAUUGCUUUUACCAGAUAGGGGCAGUGAUGAUCCAAUAGCUGUGUCAGGACACACUGCAACACUGGUUGAUAAUAAGAUGUUUGUUAUCUUUGGUUAUGGUCCACAAGAGGGCUACACACAAAAAGUACAGGAAUUUGACCUUGUUUCAAGACAGUGGAAGUUCCACAGUGUCAAUGCUUUAAUAGUCCUGGCUACAUUUGGGCACAGCAGCUCAUAUGACCCUACUACUGGCAGGAUUUAUGUGUUUGGGGGAUACAGGAAAAUAACCAAACAAGAGAUUUCCAAUGAACUUAGUUUCUACCUACCUUCACAAAACAAAUGGGGGGUACUACUAAGUAGUGGAUAUCGUCGGUUCCUUCAUUCAUCUGUAAUGAUGGGUGAUAUGUUGAUAGUCUUUGGUGGCAAUGCUCACAAUGAUACUGCCAAUAAAUCAGAGAAAAAAGCCAAGUGUUUUACCAUCGAUACUUUUAUGUACAAUACACGGUGUAAUGUCUGGAGCAAGAUAUCAACUGAACCCUUAACAAGUUUAAAUGGUAGAUAUGGGCAUACUGCUGUACAGGCCAAUGGAACCAUGUAUAUUUUUGGAGGUUUUCAAGGCACAAUGUUGAACGACAUGUUGACAUAUACUCCAGGAGACUGUUCAGCAUAUACCAACAAGACCUCUUGUUUCCAGGCAUCGUCAAGUUAUGGAUGUGCAAGAGAUGUCAAGAAAGAUAGUUGUAUUGGUCCUCUUGAUAUUCCAUCUCAUAACCCAGCCACCAUAGAAAGAGUCAAUUGCCCAGCUAGCUCAAAUAGAUGUUCUACCUUUGAUAAUUGCGAUCGUUGUCUGACAAGUGUGUUUAAUUGUAAAUGGUGCCGUAAUGUUUGCAAAGAAUCCAGCAAUCACUGUGACGAUAAGCUUGUUGUAAGCGAUCUCAAGAAGUGUCCAACUAUUCCACCUGGCAGCUGUUCAAUAUCAGGUUGUGCUUCACAUACCCAGUGCAGUAACUACUCGAGCUGUGAAGGAUGUGUCGGUAACAAAGACUGUAUUUGGUGUGAAUCACAGAAACAGUGUGUUGGUCUUCAUGCCUAUAUACUGUCAUUUCCUUAUGGACAAUGUCAUGAGUGGACCAAAGAUAAAUGCACAGAUGUACGCUGUGAAGACAGAAUGACAUGCAAUGAUUGCCACACCCUACCAGGGUGUGGUUGGUGUGACGAUGGAUCUGGUACAGGGCUUGGUAAAUGUACAGGGGGUGGUGAUGAUGGGCCAUUUAUUCCAGCAAGUAAUUCUAGCGUUAUUACUUCUGAUAAAUGCUUGCCAAAGGAUGGCAAAAAGAGAUGGUUUUUCAUUGAAUGCCCAGUGUGUCAGUGCAAUGGUCAUAGUACAUGUGAUGAGUAUGACAAAUGCAUAGCCUGCAAAGACAACACUAACGGAUCCCACUGCCAAACCUGUGCUAAAGGUUACCACGGAAACCCUAAAAAUGGUGGAAAAUGCGAAACUUGCCAGUGCAAUGAGCACGGUAAUGUAUGCAACUCUGAAUCGGGUGUCUGUGAUUGCCAAACCAAAGGAGUAACAGGAGCCAACUGCGAAUUAUGUGAUGAUCGCAAGUAUUACUAUGGAAACAGCACCAAUGGUGGUUUCUGCUAUUACAACCUGACAAGUGGUUACAUGUUCACGUUCAAUGUUACCGGUUAUACAGGUGUUAGCUUCUUCAAUAUUCCUAAAAGAGACGAUCGCAACGUUCAGUUUUCGGUGAAAGUCAUUGGUGAUGGAGCUAUGAUGAACAUGACUUACAAAUAUAAAUCUGGUCCUGAACUAGCUCUAUUCAAUGAAAAGUAUCUCGGUAAUGGCGUGAAAUAUGAAAACUCGUUCAAACAUGAUGAUUUUUCGUUUGCGACGUCCGAUCGUUUGACUUUCUUUGUAUAUGUGUAUAAUGUCAAUGGUAAUUGCAUGAUUGAAAUUUCCUUCUCACAAAUAUCACCGUUUAAACUUCUGCAAUUCUUUUUAACCUUUUUUGGGUGUUUCUUCUCUAUCCUGGUCGUAACCUUCAUUGCUUGGAAGAUCCGAAUUCGAUAUAAUCUUCAUGUUAUGAGAAGACAACGAAUUGUAGAAAUGCACAAAAUGGCUAAACGACCGUCGUCAACGUUAAAGCUAAGCUUUGAAAAACAUAACGAUACCUACAUAACCAAGUCAUUCUGCAACCAUGUCACUAUACAGCCUUUUGCUGGGUCCAACGCGGCUGUAGGAACGUUCGUCCUGCGAUUACCGUCAUUACCCAACGGUUUUACCCCUAUAGGCCAGUCUGGGAUGUGCUUUGGUAGUGUACUCAUAGAUCACCGAAACCACUCGUCCAAUGCCGCACAUCGCUGUUACACAUUCCAGAAGCCUUCUGAUAAGCGCAGUCGAAGGACAACUCAGUGUAUCUGAUGACGUAGUGUUGUCGUACCCAGGCCCCCAUUACUACCCUACAAUUAGGAGUGAUGAGAGUCUGGGUGCGAGUAUAAAUUUUAUAUAAAAUAAUGAAUUGCUUUAAUACUAGCGCUAUUUUAUAAUAUUGCCAUAAAAGGGUUGUACUACCCAAAGAGUAAAUAUUUGUUCGCGGGUUACCUUUGGUCAGUAAGACGCAAAAAGACGGAAACUGGUACUUACUCAUCCUCGUACCCAAAUCCUUCUCGCUCCACAUCCGAGGCUCUGGGAAACCUAAUUCUGGGUACAAGGAUGGGUACUUACUGUUUAAGAUUCUUUUUUAGAUGCACAGGAAACCAACUCUUAAAGUGAAAGUCGCGUAAAGUGGUAUUACCUGUUAACCUGCGUGCAGCCUGCGACCCAGCGACGACUUCGGUGUUCCUUGUACCGAGGUAUAUGUACUUCACUUUUAUUGGCUUUUGAGUUUUAAAUUCUAACGAGUACGUUCAUUGUCUAAAUCAAACAACAGUUAGUUCGGCUGCACGCAGGCUAGCACCUAAACUACUGCGAGUUUUCCUAUUUUUUUAAUUGAUAGUAUAACACUUAAUUCCACUGUAAAUAUAUCACUAUUAUCAAUAAGGAUUUGCUAUGCAUCAAUCAAGUGAAACCACGAGUCUGCAACCCCCGGGGAAGUCCGGGAUUCAGCACAUAACAGGGGAUUUGACACUGUUUUAACAGUGCAAUCAAUGGAAAGGCAGGGAAAAUAAUAUCAAAAUCUAAGAAAAUGAUCAUUUAAGCGGCUAACACUGUUUAAAUGUUAGUCCCACUGGUAUUACUGUGAAGUUUGAAGGACGUGGUUUAAGUCUUGGCUGAUGCAUUAGUAUAUGCUCGGUAGGGAAAGUAUAUGCUCACGGAAGGGGGGAGGGGGGGGGUGAUUAUGGGGUAAACGUACCGGGGAUACUCGUCAGAAAUUAAAAAAAAUCCUUUUAAACGAUCCCGGAAGUCUUGAAAAAAGGGCGUGGCUGACUGAUUUCUAACCCCUAAGAGAUUGCACAACAAAUAUUGUUAAAUUAAAUCCCCCUGGAGUAUAUCUUGUCUAAAGAAUGAUAUCGUAUAACGUUUUUUUAUAAUGAGUAGAUGAAUAUUAAUACUGCGUUUUACAGACUCUAUAUGAAUUCCAAAAACAUUUCAAGUCAUUUUUAUGGUAAAAAACAUAUAUAUUAGCAGCAGAGGAUCAUUUUAUUUAAAUUUAUGUCAUUCUAAUCAAAAAGCUCUGUCUUGAGCAAAAAGCCAAUCGAGAAACCUUGCAAAUAACUGAAAAUUAGGUAGACAAAACCACAUUUUAUAAUUGGUGCUAAAACGUUGUUCAAGCAAUUAUGUCCUCGCCCAAAUUUCAAUUACAUGUCAUUACACUCAUUAUGGAAAUGCGUUACGUGAAGUCGCUCUUUUAUGUAAUUUUUAUAUUUCGAUACUAGGAUUAACUACAAUAAAAAAUUAGUCAUAUCGAGACUACUUUGUCUCUUAAUCGCUUUUUUAUAAAUAGCAUUUUUCUAGAAUUCUGAAGUUGUACAAAUAUAAUUCUUGGAUGUUAUGGUUUCAUUGGGAAUUUGGUUAAAUAUGCGCUUAUAUGUUUCACAUGUUGUAACUGAUAUUUAAAAUACACAAUUAUGUAAAUAAAUUGACUUAAGAAAUGAAA